AUGCCGUGGGCUGGGGCAUCCCUCCUGACUGCCUGGGCCGGUCCCGCCUCCCGCCUUCGCGGCCCGGGAAGCUCGGCCCCUCGGGCCCUCGGAGCGCGGAGACGGAGCGGGGCGGCGGGGAGCCAGCCGGGCGGCCGCGUCACCGCCGGGGGCUCCCUGCCCUGUGACGCGCGGGCGGGGCGCGCACGGCCGCCGCCUGUCCCCGCUGGGCCCGGGACCGGAGCCCUAGCCGGAGCGGAGCGGACGUUGGCAGCCCUGCGGCUCCUGGAGUCCGCGCUCGGGCGCCGGGUCCCCGCCGGCCGCUCGGUGCCAGCGCUGGCGACGGGCGGUGUGUGCGGCUUCGCCAGCAGCACCCGCGCGCGUGCCGAGUCCUACGCGGACCCCGUGGAGGCCGUGAGAAACAUCCCGGACGGCGCGAGGACCAUGGUCCGGGGCUUCGGCCUCUGCGCGAUCCCGGAGAACCUGAUAGGGGCGCUGCUCAAGACCCGCGUGAAGGACUUGGCCGUGGUCAGCAGCAAUGCGGGGGAGAACUUCGGGCUCGGCCUUUUCCUGGGGACCAAGCAGAUCACCCGCAUCGUCUGCACGUGCUUGGGGGAGAACUCGCUCUGCGAGCACCGGUACCUGGCGGGCGAGCUGGAGCUGGAGAUCACGCCCCAGGGCACCCUGGCCGGGCGCAUCCGCGCGGGGGCCGCCGGCGUGCCCGCCUUCCACACCCCCACGGCCUACGGGACCCUGGCCCAGGAGGGAGGCGCACCCAGCCACAUCGCCAUCCUGAGGCAGCCCAGGGAGGUGAGGGAGUUCCACGGACAGCACUACCUUCUGGAGCACGACGUCACGGCUGAUUUUGCUUUGGUGAAAUGGUGGAAGGCCGACCGGGCAGGAAACGUCAUCUUCAGGGCCAGCGCCAAGAACUUCAACGUGCCCAUGGGCAAAGCUGCGAGAACCUCAGUGGUGGAGAUUGAAGAAACUGUGGACCUGGGGUCGUUUGCCCCAGAGGACAUCCAUGUUCCUAACAUUUACUUAGAUCGAGGAAUACAGAGGGGAAAAUAUGAGAAAAGAAAUGAGCGUUUAGUGAUCCGGAAAGAGGAUGAUGAAAUAUGCAAGUCUGCAGAUAGUAUAGGGACACGGAUCAUCAAGCAGGCAGCUCUUGAAUUUGAGGACGGCCUGUGUGCCAGUUUGGGCAUAGGAAUCCCUCUUCUGGCCACCAGCUGCAUCAGCCCCAGUAUAACCGUUCAUCUUCACAGUGAAAAUGGAAUCUUGGGCUUGGGUCCGUUUCCACUGAAAGAGGAGGUGGACGCAGAUCUCAACAAUGCGGACAAGCAAACAGUCACCCUUCUUCCUGGGGGCUGUUUUUUCUCCAGCGAUGAAUCAUUUGCCGUGAUUCGAGGGGGACACAUCGACCUAACCUUGCUGGGAGCCAUGCAGGUUUCCAAAUAUGGUGACCUGGCUAACUGGAUGAUACCUGGCAAGAAGGUGAAAGGAAUGGGGGGUGCGAUGGAUCUGGUGUCCAGUACCAAGACCAGAGUGAUGGUCACCAUGGAGCACUCCACGAAGGCCAGUGAACCCAAAAUUUUGGAGAAAUGUACCAUGCCGCUGAAUGGAAAGCGGUGUGUGGACUGAAUCAUCACCGAGAUGGCCGUGUUUGACAUGCAAAAAAAGAGAGGACUGACCCUGAUCGAGCUCUGGGAUGGCCUGAUGGUGGAGGACAUCAAAAAGAACACGGGGAGCACCUUUGCCGUCUCCCCAAAUCUCAGACCCAUGCAGCAGGUCGAUACCUAG